AGAGAGAGAGAAUACUAAAAGAGGAAGGAGGAGAGAAGAAGAAGAGAGAGAGAGAAGAAAGGGUUUUUGGGUUUUCUUCUUUAGACGACGGCCAUGGCAGAUUCAAUCGAUUCCAUUGCCGUUGAUAUGGAAACCGUCUAUCUUGGUGGAAAGGAACAUAUCAUUCGGACAGCCCAUGGUUCUGUGUCUGUUAUUGUUUACGGAGAUGAAGAAAAACCACCAUUGAUUACUUAUCCCGAUGUAGCUCUAAAUCAUAUUUCAUGUUUCCAAGGAUUGUUCUUCUGUCCUGAAGCAUCGUCUUUGCUACUACACAAUUUCUGCAUUUAUCACAUAACUCCACCUGGACACGAGUUAGGAGCUGCAUCCAUUUGUGCCGAUGAUCCUUACCCUUCUGUUGAUGAUCUUUGCGAUCAAAUUCUCGAGGUCCUCAAUCAUUUUAGGCUCGGUGCAGUGAUGUGCAUGGGGGCAAUGGCCGGUGCAUAUGUCCUUACACUAUUUGCGAUACGAUAUAGAGACAGAGUUGCUGGUUUGAUACUCAUUUCGCCUUUGUGCAAAGCACCUUCUUGGACCGAGUGGUUUUACAAUAAGUUGAUGUCGAAUAUGCUGUACUACUACGGUAUGUGUAGCGUGUUGAAGGAGUGUCUGCUUCAAAGAUACUUCAGUAAGGAAGUUCGUGGUAGUCCAGAAAUCCCGGAAUCAGAUAUUGUGCAAGCAUGUAGAAAGCUAUUGGAUGAGAGGCAGAGCAGCAACGUGUUGCGGUUUCUUCAAGCAAUUGAUAGGAGACCCGACAUUACUGAAGGAUUAGAAAGACUAAAAUGCCGAACGCUUAUAUUUGUCGGAGAUAGCUCCCCGUUCCAUUCUGAUUCCCUCCACAUGACCACAAAACUGGAUCGAAGAUACAGUGCUUUAGUAGAGGUACAGGGUUGCGGAUCGAUGGUAACAGAAGAGCAGCCGGAUGCAAUGUUGGUUUCAUUGGAGUAUUUUCUAACGGGGUAUGGAUUGUAUAAGUCGAAUGGCAGCCCGCGUAGCCCAUUGAGCCCGACCCGCAGCAUCUCCCCGGAACUUCUCUCGCCAGAAAGCAUGGGAUUGAAGCUUAAACCGAUUAAAACGCGGGCUAUCUUCUGAACGUAAUUGCUUUUCCUCGUAACGGUCGAUAUCGAAAAAAGAUUGUUUAAAUUUGGUUGUAAAGUAUACUUUCUUUUUCGAUAGAAAGGGUAGAUAUGUCAAAUGGAGUUAGGGUUCAGGAGUAAGGUUAAAAACAUUCUUUGAAUUUUGUAUUUUGUAUUCAUUCAUUUGUAUUUGUAUAAAACACAUUUGGACGUUUUAUUAUAUUCAUUACACAUUUAUAUC